AUGAAAUCUAAAGAAAGAAAGACAAUAAAUUUAGACGCUUUAAAAGCAACUCUGGAUGGAAUAAACGCAAAAAAGGACUCAAAAUUGUAUUUUGAGCUGGAAUGCACUAUCAUGAUCUUCAUUCAUAUGAUGAACAUCAAUAUCGCUCUAUAUGGGACCUCCUAUUACAACUACAACUUUGCCUUGCUUAGUUUCAAUACUUUUUUCCUAUCUCGCCGCUUUAUUCAGGCACUUUAUAUGUACCUCUAUCUCCGUGAUCCUCUAAAACGGAGCUUGAAGUUUUUAGGACUGACAUUCAUAGGAAUUAGCUACACUGUAACUAUAGUUCACAGUAUCGCAAUGCUGUUCUUUGAGUUAUCCUAUAGCCUCCUGCUUAAUUUAGUGUGCCCUUUUAUAGCUUAUCUUUACUUUUCCCAAGGAUCUGCAAAAUCUAGAUACUCAGAAGGAUGCAGCGACUGCUUUUACUCACUACAGCAAAUUUUGCUACAUACUCUAGAAGCAAUGUAUUGUGCUGGAUAUUUACCUUACUUCACUCACGGAGGGGGUUAAUAAUUUAUUUUUUUAAAAAAAAAUUAUUUAUAAAUAUUAAGAAAUUUUUGUUUUCGAAAUUUAAAAAAAUCCUAAUUCGCAAAAGUUGGGAAGCAAAUAUUAAUUUAAUUUAUAAAAUUUAUGUUUUAAAACACAAUUUGUUUAAAAUUAAACAGAAUUAGCUCAAGAUUUCAUUAUACUAAUUAUCACUUAUAAAUUUUUUUUUUUCAUAAAAAAUUUUUCUAUUAAGCAAUUUUUGUUCAUUCACAGAGGGUGGGUUUUUGGGCAAAAAAUAGCGACUUUUCUAAUGAUUUUGUUCACUUACGGAGGGCGGGGGAGUUAUAAGUUUUUGCCCUCUCAUGGGUUUAUUGUCUAUACAGCUGCUUAUUUAAAUGCGAUGUCAACAUUGACAUUCGUCACUUUUUUGCUUUAUUUAGUGGAAUUAAUGAGGAAAAGGAGCGUUGAAUUGAAUUUUUAUGCAAUUUCAUUAGGGGAUUGGACACAGGCAAGGUAUGAAGGGCAAGCUGAAGAGUGAAGUCAUGACAAAAAUUACUCAAAAGGACAAAUUGUGUUUUAUAAAGGCGAAUACUGAAAGGCAGUUGGGAUGUUUAACAGCUGUGAACCUGGGAAAAACGAGACGUAUUUUCUUUCACAUUUUUUCCAAGAUCCUUUGAAGACGUUUUACAGAAUCAUUUUAAUUGAGGCAUUUUUUAUUGCGUUGCAGCUUUGGGUGCUCACAGCGCUGAGUUUUCAUCCCACUUAUGUGAUAUCAUUAGCUAGUUUGCUAUAUAUAUUACUGCGAACUGUCUACUGCUUUAGAAAAUUAAGUGUGCCUAAACUUAAUAUAUCAUCUUAA